AUGGUGAAGAAGAAGCCAGACGCCUCGUUAAAGGGCAAAAAGCCUAUGAAUACGGCCAAGGCCGGGAAAACUACUGUUAUCACCCGGAACCCUGGACACAUCACGAAUCGACUGAAGCGUAGUGAAAUGUAUGGGAAAUACCUGCAACAAAAACGAAAAUCAAAGCAAGAAGAGAGAAAACAAAGAAUCAGGGACGCUGAGGCCCUAGGUGAAGACGCCCAAGUAAAGAAGGCAGUCCCCAAAACUUUGGACAACACUCGAGAAAUCGAACCUACUCUUGUUAAGCAAGACCCAGAAGUAUUUGCAGAUGAAGCAGACGACGAGUUUGCAAGAUACUUUCAGUCGGAAACUCCUCCCAAGGUCUUGGUGACGACACGCCCGCGACCAUCCAGACACCUCUUUUGGUUCAUUGCUGAUUUGCAACGUCUGAUCCCUGCUUUGCAUUUCUAUCCUCGAAAACACUACUCUCUGAAAGAAAUCUGCAGUUUUGCACAGAACCGAGGCUUUUCACACUUAAUUGUUCUUGGGGAGAAUGCCAAACAUUGCAAUGGAAUGACAAUCUCUCACUUGGGGUCGGGAGACGGACUUGUUGGACCUACUGCAUUCUUCAAGGUUUCCAACGUUGUUACUUCGCAGAAUAUUCCAAACCACGGUGCCUCCACUAAACACAUCCCAGAAUUGAACCUGCACGGAUUUGGAACUCGUCUUGGUCACAGGAUAGGGCGACUGUUGGGGAGUAUUUUCCCUCAUGAUGCAGAAUUUGUUGGACGACAGGUUGCUACCUUUCACAAUCAACGUGAUUAUAUCUUUGUGAGGCAUCAUCGUUAUGUGUUUGAAGAAAAGAAGAAGAAUGAGAAGAAAAAGAAGGACGACGAACCAGAGAAAAAACUAGAAUUGAAGGAUCGAGUCAAGGCCAGGCUGCAAGAGUUGGGGCCACGAUUUACUUUAAAACUACGGUGGCUCCAAGAGGGUACAUUCGAUACACAGUUUGGAGAGUACGAGUGGAUUCACAAGCGAAAGGAAAUGGACACCACGAGAAGGCGUUUCCAUUUAUAA